AUGUCGGCGGACGAAAGAAACAUUGUCAAAGUUUUUCGAGCUUGGAAAACAGCUCAUCAGUUGGUUCACGAUAGAGGAUAUGGCGUCUCUCAAGCAGAGCUUGAUCUCACAUUGGACCAAUUCAAAGCAAUGCACUGUGGUAUGGGCCGCAACUUGGAUCGUUCUACUUUGAGUUUUUACGCCAAACCUCCAGCUGGUUCUGACAAAGGCACGAUUUAUGUGGAAUUUUCGAAAGAGCCAUCAGUAGGUAUAAAAGAAAUGCGUACUUUUGUUCAUACCUUAGGGGAUCACAAUCACAAGACAGGCAUUUUAAUCUACGCUAAUUCCAUGACACCAAGCGCUGCUAAGAUUAUUUCAACUGUCACAGGUCAAUUUAGCAUUGAAACCUUCCAAGAAAGUGAUCUUAUUGUUAACAUCACACAUCAUGAGCUCGUACCAAGACAUAAUUUACUUACUCCGGACGAAAAGAAAGAGCUUUUGGAUCGUUACAAGCUCAGAGAAACUCAACUGCCUCGUAUUCAAUUAGCUGAUCCUGUGGCAAGAUACCUUGGUUUGAAGCGUGGCCAGGUUGUUAAAAUUGUACGAAAAAGUGAAACUAGUGGAAGAUAUAACAGUUACCGUAUUUGUGCCUAA